GGCUCUUUUAUAUCUUUCUAUCCACACUUUCUCCUUGUUAUGCUUCUUCCAAUCUCAACUAUUUUCUUUCUCACUUUUUCCUCUUCUGGUUUUUGUUCUAAAUCUCUUUGGUGAAGAAGAAUUUUUGAUUUUGUUUCUUGUUCAACUUUUGAGACAGAAAUUUUCAUCACUGGUUUUUUGAUUUUAUGGCGAUUCUGGGUCAAAAAGAAGGAAUGGAUUCUGUUAUACAUGUACACAAACUACUUGAUCAAUUUUCAUGUGGAAAUGACCAUUCUUUGAAGGUAAGGAAACCAUAUACUAUCACAAAGCAGAGAGAGAAGUGGACAGAUGAAGAACAUAAGAAGUUCCUUGAAGCUUUAAAGCUGUAUGGCCGAGCCUGGCGAAAAAUCGAAGAACAUGUUGGCACAAAGACUGCUGUGCAGAUUCGAAGUCAUGCUCAGAAGUUUUUUUCUAAGAUCAAUCGAGACACUAAUGGGAACGAUACGACAUUGGUGGAGUCAAUUGAAAUUCCACCUCCACGACCGAAGCGGAAGCCGAUUCAUCCUUACCCUCGUAAACUAGUAGAAAUCCCAAAGAAUGAAGUCUCCAACUUGGAACAGCCACUGAGGUCUAAUUCUCUUGGGUCGUUAGAUUUUGGUCAGGAAAACAACUCGCCCAAGUCGGUACUAUCUGCAGUUGCUUCAGAGACCCUUGGUUUCUCAGAUUCGGAUUCCCCAACCAGAAGUUUGUCCCCUGUCUCGUCCCUUAGUGCCGUCCACACCAGUAGCUUUCCACUUCUCGAGACCAAAUCUUCAUCAUCUGAGGAAGAUAUGUCUCUACAAAUAGAUGAACUGAAUGCUGAUUCAGCACAUGAUGAACAACCUAUAAUGAAACCUGAGCCUUUCUUGAAAGAAUGUGUCGUUACCAACGACGAAGCAACAGAAGAAUCACCUUGUCGAACUCUCAAACUUUUUGGAGCAACUCUACUAGUAAAAGAUACACGUGAACCUUCUUCUGCAUCAACGGAUGCAUCCAAACUGAUACCUGCCUUGCAUAGUAAGCAGCAACUUCAGCGUGGAAGUUCAGAUAUUGGUGUUGCAACUGUUGUUCCUUGGUGGACUCUUUCCCACAAUUCAGCCUUUAACAAAGAACCAGAGGAGAAACAUCAACAUUCAAAUCAUGGAGAAUGUGAAGAUAAAGAAAUUCAAAAGGAAGGAUCUUCUUGUGCUGGUUCUAAUAAUACUAGUUCGAUCAAUGACGGAGAAAGCAAUGAAAGAUCGGAAGAUCAAGCCAAAAGUGAUCAUGUGCAUUACUUUGUUGGCAAAAGUGAAACAGUGAGAGUUAGAACAUGUGGGAAAGGGUUUGUACCAUAUAAAAGAUGCAUGGCAGAAAGAGAGAGCCAUUGUUCAACAGUAAGUGAUGAGAGGAGGGAACAUCAACGUAUGAGGCUUUCUUUAUAGCUCUCUCCCAAUGAGAUUUUCUUCAAAGCAGUUUCUAUUUUAUAGAUGUAAAUUGAAAUCAUAUAAUGGAGCUGUUUCUGUUGCUGGAUUGCCCGGGUAUUAGAAAAGAGAGCAGAAAUUUUGUCAUCUCUACUCCAUUUGAAAUCCAUUAGAAACCUUCUUUUUCUGACAUGUUGAGCUACAUAACUUUCCUCUUUUUUUUUACAAUGGCCAAGUGGUAGGCUUUUGUAUUUCUUCAAAUUCUUUCUCCCACUAUCUACUGUGAAUUAUCCAGUUUUUGUUAGCUUAUGUCUGUUUUCCCCUCUUAUGUAUGCUUAUUGACAUGAAAGUGUAAGUUACAUAUUGGGUAA